AUGCAUGGACCACAGCGCCCACGAACGCACAAGCGUGUAACUGGCCUCGAUACAUCAUCAAUGCUACAUCUACAGCCACACAACCUGUUGAUCGAGAAGACGCUGGUAGAGGCUUUGGAAGCUUUCCGCAAGGGCACGCCGCUGACACUCGACAGAGUUGUGUCCGACUUCGACUACGCCACUUUCCACAUCUCCAAUGCAGACCAGACGGGCGUCACACUGAAUGUGAGCAUGCGCACGAAGGCGUGGCAAAGCGUGGCGGCUGCGGGACCGGGUCUGCUGGCCUACCUGCAGGACAAGUACGACCGGCUACCGGGGGUAUCUACCGCAUCUGCGCCCGAGACGGGCUACGACCACACGCUGCUGAUCCAGCUGGACGCCCUGGCACCUGAGUCCGUGAUGCAGGUUGCGCUGCUUAAGAUGACUACGAUGGCGUACGUGUUCCAGCUAGCGUUCGACGAAAGCUUGCGCCUCGCACAGCUGCCGGAGGACCGCCAGGAGGCCGCGGGCGUGCACCUGAUCCAGUACCGCGACGACGAGAACAUCUACAUCAAGCCCUCCGGCGACCGUGUCACCGUCAUCUUCGAGACCAUGUUCCAAGGCGAGACCGAUAAGGUCUUUGGUAAGGUGUUCCUGCAAGAGUUUGUCGACGCGCGCAAGCGCAACCGCUCCAUCCAGUCCGCGCCGCAGGUGCUGGUCUCGCACGAGGCGCCGCUGGAGAUUGCGUCCGCCGUGCCCCGCCGCACUGCCGACCGCAGCAAGCGCUUCGUGACUUUUGUGCUCUUCCCGCGCCACUUUGUGACCCGUGACCUGCAGUUCUCCUCCGUGUGCCACCUUGCCCUGUUCCGCAACUACUUCCACUACCACAUCAAGUGCUCUAAAGCCUACAUGCAUACCCGUAUGCGCCGCCGCGUCGACUCUUUCAUUAAAGUGCUAAACCGUGCCAAGGUCGACGCAGAAGAUGACGACGAUGACAACCGUCGCACCAUAUCAGGCAAGAAGAUGGUCUACUGA